AUGUACCGCCUCGGCCCUACUCUGGAGACUGGAGUCGGGGGGGCCCCAUCAGCAGCAGCAUCACCACCCGCCGCGCCCACAAGUGGUAACGGUAACGGUAACGGUAACGGUAACGGUAACGGUAACGGUAACAGUAACAACCAUAGUAACAGCAGGAAUAGUCACCACUCGCCUGGUCACCACUGCUACGGAGCACUCACUGUGCGGUGCGGUGCUGGAGAUAGCAACCCUCGUAGUGCCCGUAAAGCUCCCGCAGAGCACCCGGGCCCAGUUAUCCGUACCACACGAGUAUCACCGACACGGCGGCCACUACCGCUCCACUACCACGACACUGCAGAUAAACUAACUACACGGCAUCAUACACCCUACGCCGCGCUGGACAGUGCCUACAGCACGGCGAGAGGCUCUGCGCACGGCGGCCAAAUACACUCCUCAGUAAUUAAUACCUGCCUACAAAGUACUGUAUCACCGCUCCGCAAAUGGCGCAAUCAUACCACGAUCAUGAUCAACUCCACCGGGCCCCAGGGACAAACUCUCUCUCUCAGAGUCUCAACCCUCCGAGAUAGUCCCUAUCGGUGGGCGAGUGCAGCACCGCCGUGGCAACUCGCCGAGCUCAAUAGUACAGUUCCAGCAGAGCACCGCGCAGUACAGUGA